AUGCACACGUUCAGCUGUACGAGUAAGGGAUGUAUUAAGAUCGUCUGGUCAGCUGAAAUUCGUGGCUAUGUGACAAUCCACUUGCUCAAGUAUUACAAUCAACACGAAAGAGAUUGGACUGGGGGGAAAUGCGAUACAUUCUCUGCUUGUAAUUACUAUUUUUACUUUUGUAUCGGUAAAUCCAAUCAAUAUGGCUGCCAAUAUGCAGCUUUUACUACCAUUAUGUUUGAUGGAAGUGAAAAUGUCAAUUUUCCAUCGGAUGUAAAAUUAACUGAUAGUGGCCGUAAAAACCCAAUUAUCUUUCCAAUUCACGAGCCUUGGACGGGUAAAUUUCGACUUCAUAUCACGGCCUAUGAUCAAGAUUAUUUUGAUGGACAAGACGAUCUCCUAGAUAGAUUUAAUAAUAAUAUUGACGUCUCACCUGGUCAUACCAAGACAUUUGUCUUAACCGAUUACAGGAUGUGUCGAACAAAUCCUUGCCGAAAUGGAGCUGCUUGUAUGAAUACAGGAUAUACGGGGAAAAACUGCGAAAAUAAUGUUAAUGAGUGCUUAUCUAGCCCUUGUCUCUCUGGCGGAACCUGUAUUGAUGGUAUUAAUGGUUAUACAUGCCAAUGUCCUAAUGAUUGGACUGGAAUUCGAUGUGAAAAAGAUCUUCAUAUCUGCCGAAAAUCACCAUGUCAAAAUGGAGGAUUUUGCCGCAAUACAGGACCAGAUGCAUAUACUUGUAUUUGCUUCCAUUCAUUUACUGGUCGACACUGUGAGCAAGAUUUAAAUUCCUGCCGAAGUUUACCUUGUCGCAAUGGUGGAACUUGCUUCAACAUUGGUAUCAAUCAAUUUCGAUGUAAUUGCCUUCCUGGACAUAAUGGUUCAGACUGUUCCAUAAAAAUUGAUGAAUGUGCAUCCGGUCCAUGUUCCAGAUUUUCUACUUGCGUCGAUGAUAUUAAUGGAUAUCGUUGUGUUUGCGCUACCAAUUACACCGGCGUACAUUGCCAUAAUGAUCUCAACGCUUGCAGAAACGAACCCUGCGAUAACGGCGGAAGUUGCCAUAAUAACGGGGCUAAUCAGUAUAAGUGUCUUUGUAGAGCUGGCUUUACUGGCCAACAUUGUCAGACAGAUAUCAAUGAAUGUGCUUCAAAUCCGUGUCAUCGACAGGGUUCAAAAUGCCUAGAUAGAAUUCAUGGUUAUGAAUGUUUAUGUCCAUCAGAUUGGACUGGAAAACAUUGCGAACAAGGUUAUUAUUUCAGAAAAUUACAACUACCAAAUGCUGGAUAG